UUAUUAUAAUAAAUAUUGCUACGAUUAGACAUACCUUACUAAUAAUGGAGACCGGUUGUAGAAAAGUAGCAUUAAUAACUGGUGUUAAUGGUCAGGAUGGGUCGUAUCUAUCCGAGUUCCUCCUGUCCAGGGGAUACGAAGUCCACGGGAUAAUUCGUCGAGCGAGCACCUUUAACACUUCUCGGAUAGAUCACAUACGAUUAUCUCCAGAAUCGGUCAGAUUCCAUCUUCAUUAUGGAGACAUGACGGAUUCAAGUUGUCUGGUCAAAUUGAUUGGCUCCAUUCGUCCGACCGAAGUGUACAAUCUUGCGGCUCAAAGUCACGUCAAAGUUUCCUUCGAUUUGAGCGAGUACACAGCUGAGGUGGAUGCAGUGGGCACUUUAAGAUUGCUGGACGCGAUUAGAACUUGCGGUUUGGAGAAGGAGACCAAGUAUUAUCAAGCCUCUACAUCGGAAUUAUACGGACAAGUUAGGGAGAUUCCUCAAACGGAAAAGACUCCUUUCUAUCCCAGAUCUCCGUACGCUGUAGCAAAACUCUACGGUUAUUGGAUUGUGAUAAAUUACCGCGAAGCGUACGGAAUGUUCGCUUGCAACGGAGUACUUUUCAAUCACGAAAGUCCUCGAAGGGGUGAGACUUUCGUCACCCGAAAAAUCACCAGAGAAGUUGCCAAAAUCCAUUUGGGUUUAUCCGAGAGUCUCGAGUUGGGAAACCUGGAUUCUCAGCGAGACUGGGGACACGCACGUGAUUAUGUUGAGGCGAUGUGGUUGAUGUUGCAACAGGACAAACCGGAUGAUUUUGUGAUCGCUUCAGGUGAAAUGCACAGUGUUCGAAAAUUCGUCGAGGCAGCUUUCAAGCACGUCGGUAAAGAAAUCGUUUGGGAAGGAAGUGGUACUGAGGAAGUUGGGAAAGAAAAGGACACCGGAACAGUUCGAGUUAAAGUUAAUGAGAAAUAUUUUAGGCCUACCGAAGUGGAAUUACUUCUUGGGGAUUCGACGAAAGCGAGGCAAAAGUUGAAAUGGAUCCCGAAGAUUACAUUUCCAGAAUUAGUGAAGGAGAUGAUGGAUUCAGAUAUAGAACUGAUGAGAAAAAAUUCAUUGGCUUGAUUUCUCUUUCCAUUUAAAUUAUAUUGUGUAUAUGUGUUAUUAAUCGAAUAAA